AUGGAGAAAAAGACGCACACGCCAGCGGCGACUACGUCCCGAAAGUGCGCACGCGCACGGCGAGACCCCGCCCCUCACGUUCCCCCGCCCCACCUCCCCCAGCCCCGCGCUCCCGCCUUGGAGAGGCGCGCGCACCACAGUGCAGCUCCCUCUGGCACCGCCCGGGGCUUCCGCCCCAAGGACCGACGGUCGCAGUUCGGUUCCGGUCCUAGUCCCGCCCCCACGCGGGAACUCUCCAGAAGUCUUAAUAUCCGGGACCAGAGGCUGGCGCCAGGGCGCAUUUCCGGCGAGGGACACGAAGGGAAGGAUCCGGUGACGCCCCUUCCCGUCCCCCUAGUCACCCAGGCUCCAGCUCUCAGUGCGGCAGCGCCAUCUGGUGCCGCGUCUCCCGCCGCCUGCGAAGGGGGCGCGCGCACCUUUCUUUCGGAACCUUCCAGAGAAAUCGCGGCCCCGGCGUGUUUUUCCCCCUCGCCCCACGGAAGGGAGGCACCCCAGUCUCCGCCCUGCCGGUUCCCGCGCAGGCGGUACUUCGCAGGACUUUGAAGAGGAGGUUGCGUGUAGGAGUAGCGGUGUACUCCCAAAAUAGAGAGGAAACGGAUUUCUUUCUCUAGUUUUAAGCUCAGAAAAAAGGUUUCUGUGUUUUUAUGCUACCAUGUAUCUUGUUCCUUAACUAUUCCCAGUCAUCCCCGCAUGAAUUUCUUAAGUCCGUCAGGAAUGGGGGCUUCUGUUUCUCAUUUGCUGGGACGAUGGCUCAGGCUUUGUGGCUUAGGUUGUCCUCUGAUAAUAAAAGCUUUUGUUCCUUUCCACGUAUUAAACCACUGUUGCAAAGCAUUUGGAGCCCACCGAGAAGCGUAAAAUUUGGUAGAUAAGUUGUUUUCAAAACAGGCUAGAAUGGCUCAAUUCCACUUUUGACACUAAUGUUACACUAUAUGUUAACUAACUAGAAUUUAAAUAAAAACUUGAAACAUUAAGAAAAACAAAAAAAAAAACAGGCUAAGGAAAUUUCCCAGUCAUAGCCUCAAGAGUUGCUCAGGCUGAAUAUAGAUUUGUUUGCAUGGCAUAUAUUUUUUUUUAGUAACUCGAGAGGAAACAUAAAUUCCCCAAAGUCAGCAAAUGGAGGUAAAUGUCUUGCCUGAUAAUGCAUUCUUACGUGGCAAUCUAGAUUUCCCUGGAAGCUUGUAGGCCUGACAAUUUUAGGUAGCUAGCACAAGAUUGUUCUUGGUGUUUUAUUGGAAUGGGGUUUUAGCUGAAUAUCAAAGUAUAUAAUGAAAGCGAGAUAAGUUUUCCUUUAGAAUUUGUACAGUCGCGUGUAUUAACUUGACUCAAUUCUUCCAUAAAAGGGCUGUGGUUCUUAAACUUGAGCAUCCAUCAGAAGUCCCUGAAAGGUUUAUUAAGCAGAUUGGCCUUAACCUCCCAAGUAUCUAACUGGGAAGGACUGGGAGUACAGCUGGAUAAUUAUAGCUUUGAUAAAUUCUCCCCUGAUAUUUAAGGUAUUGGUCCUAGAACCACACCUGGAAGAAUUUAGAGUUCAGGAUUGCUCUGUCAUUAAUGUUCUUUGCUAUUACAGGAGAGACAGUGAUGAUACUAGAACUGGAGAAAUGUGUAGGCCUUUGACCCCUUUGCUGGAAAGUAGUGGUUUGCAACCUGAAGAACAGACAAAAAAUGAACAGAGUCUCAAAGAUCCGUAGGAUAGAGGAGCAUACAAACACACACGUAUUAGGAGCCAUAGAAGAAGAGAGAGAGAGAAGACUGUGUGGUUUAGAAAGUGUAUGAAGAAAAGAUGACCAAGUACUUUCCAAAUUUGAUGACAAACAUUAAUAUGCAAUCCAAGAAGCUCAAUAAGCUCCAAAGACUAUUAACCCAAAUAAAUUUAUACCAAGAUACAUUAUAUUCAAACUGUUGAAAGAGAGCAUCUUGUGGUGCAGCAAAAGAAAAGUGACUCAUCAUGUAACAGUGGAAACACAAUAAGAUUAAGAGGGGAUUUCUCAUCAGAAAUUGAGGCCCAACAGCAGUAGAAUGACAUAUUCAAAGAAAAAACCUGUCAACCAAAAAUCCUAUAUUUGGAAAA